UCCUCACAAAAAUGUCUGAUGCCGAGGAUGUGGUAGCCCCCGAUGCAGAAGAAGAGACAAAACCAGAGAUCCAAUAUGAGAGAAAAGUCCUCUUACCAGUUGAUGGUAGCCAUCACAGCUAUCGAGCGCUCAAGUGGUAUUGCGAGAACUUGCACCAAGUUGGAGAUCUCCUUAUGAUAUGUCACUGCCUGGAAAUCCCUCCUAUUCCACCGACGCCAUUUCCAUACGGCGUUGGAUAUUACGAGGACUGGCGGAGACAAAUCGAUGAGGCUAGAGACGCGAGCAAAGCUUUGUUAAUGGAGUGCGCCAAAACCUGUGACGCGUACAUGGUCGAGAAACAACAGGAAGGCGAGGAGCCCCAGCAUUGUCACAAACAGUUAAUACGCGAGGAGCGUGACAGGCCAGGUCACGCACUCUGUUUGUUGGCCAAGGAAGAGAAAGCAGAUCUGGUUGUGAUUGGUUCGCGAGGCCAGAGCACAAUACGUCGUACCUUUUUAGGCAGUGUUAGUGAUCAUGUGGUACAUCAUGCCCAUAUACCGGUCGCAGUGGUCCCACCCCGUCCGAAAAAUGCACCGGACAAAGGGAAAUAACAGGGAAUUUUAAUAUCAAAAUAGUUUUUACGUCAAAUGCGAGAUAUACUUAAUCAUGGCGAGGCAAUAUCUUGCCUUUUUAUCUACAAAUCAUACAAAUUUAAUGGCCUUGUGGAUCGAAAUAAUUCUAAUAUUUUUUACACGGAAGUUUUAAGGAAUUAGUGCUUCUAGGGGGAGAUAGUCCUCUCCCAUGGCAGCCCAUGAGGAGUAGUAGGAACGGAGGGGUGAGAGAAAAAGUGGGGUGGGAGAAAUUGAGAAGAAAAAUGGAGGAACAAAGUUAAGGGAGGAGCCGAUGCUAAAGGACCUUGGGACUAACUCCAUCCACGGUAACAUGACUCGUAAAUUCUUUAUUUUGUAAGGGAUGGAGAUCGGUGAAAGAAUAGAUUAAAGAGUCUCUUUUCAUCCUUACAAAAUAUCAAGUUCGAAAAGGGCGACACUAAAAUGCGAUUGGCGGAUUUUGACCCAAAACCCUAAAACGCAUUUUUGAAGCCCGGGCAGAUAAUUUUCUAGCGGAUGAAACUUUCCUAGCGUGAUUCAGUUGCACAAAGCCUAUAAACGUUAUCCGCAGUUGUAACAUUUGAUUUUGCCUAAAUUUUUGAAGUCCAACUUAUCACUGUAUAUUAUACAAUCACCCAUUUAGAAGUGGUCGUGUCCCUGAUCAGUUCAAAUAAAUUAGCUAAAAAAAAUACAAUUCAUAAGAAGGAUUUAGCUAGCUGCAUGGAUAAUUAUAGGCCAAUAUGGUUUGUUUCAAUGUUUGACAAACAGAAGCUAAAGUA